GUUGAAAAUUUUGCGUAGGUGCUUUAAAUCCUUUGACAUACAAAUACAGAUGCCAAAAGGGGUUUUAAAGUUGUCAUUGCAAGCACACUGACUGUAGCAGCUGUACUCCUUGCACUCUCUGUGUGCCUUCGUUGGAAGUGGAUAGCCAAGCACAAAGGGAAUGAGCAACAAGCUAAGGUAUCACGGAUGGAAGAAGUAAAUAAUGUGGAAGAUAUGGUUACUGUAACCAUGAACCAAGCAAAGUAUGAAGAGCUACCCCUUUAUACUUAUGAAGAAUUGGCUAACGCAACAGAUAAUUUCCAAUCAAACAAAAGAAUAGGGAAAGGUGGCUUUGGUCCAGUCUAUAAGGGAAUGCUGUUUGAUGGCCGGGAAAUUGCAGUAAAGAGGCUUUCAAACUCUUCAACUCAAGGGAUUGAGGAGUUUAUGAAUGAAGUCGUGCUUAUUUCAAAACUCCAACACCGGAAUCUCGUUAGACUUCUGGGCUGCUGCAUUGACAGAGAAGAAAAAAUGCUAGUCUAUGAAUAUAUGCCGAACAAAAGUCUAGAUGCCUAUAUAUUUGAUGCUAAUAAACCAAGCUUACUUGAUUGGAGAAGACGUGUGAUCAUUGUUGAGAGUAUUGGUAGAGCCCUCCUUUACCUUCACAGAGAUUCAAGACUGAAAAUUAUCCAUAGAGAUCUGAAAGCAAGCAACAUCCUCUUAGAUGAAGAGCUCAAGCCAAAACUAUCAGAUUUUGGUUUAGCCAGAAUUUUUGGAGGCAAUGAUGAUCAAGCCAAUACUAACAGGGUCGCAGGAACAUAUGGCUAUAUGGCUCCAGAAUAUGCAAUGGAAGGAAGGUUUUCAGAGAAGUCAGAUGUCUACAGCUUUGGAGUGCUAUUAUUAGAGAUUGUUAGUGGAAGAAGAAAUACUAGCUUCUAUAAUGAUGAGAAUGAAGUGAGCCUGCUUGGACAUGCCUGGAAAUUAUGGAAUGCAAAUGAAGCGACAAAACUGAUAGAUGCAGCAAUAGUCAAUUCAGGCAUCCAAACAGAAAUGCUGAGAUACAUCCAUGUAGGAUUAUUAUGCGUGCAGCAAUUUGCAAAAGAUAGGCCAGAUGUCUCUGCUGUUCUUCUGAUGCUUACUAGUGAAAUUUCAAAUCUCCCUCGUCUCAAAUUCCCUGGUUAUACAGGAAGAUUAUGUUCCUCAGAAAAGUCUUGUACCAACAGGGUUUAUUGCAAUAACAACAUAACCUUAACAACUGUUGAAGUCCGAUAGGCCAAUCCAGUGCAUAUUGUUUUUCGAAAGUACAAAAGCUGUAAACCCAGGACAUGAAUGAUGUUUGAAAUAAUAAAUCCUUUUUUGCCUUU